UAGUAUAUAAGAAUCAUCAACGCACUAAGUAAGACACUCAACAAAACAAAACAAGAAGGAGAAUAUAAGAAGAAGCAUGAAGUGUUGUAAGUUUGUUGCAGUGGCUUUGAUGAGUCUUCUGAUCUCACUUGCUUCCGUUGAGGCGGCAGGUGAGUGUGGUCGCAUGCCAAUUAAUCAAGCCGCGGCUAGCCUAAGCCCGUGUUUGCCUGCUACAAAGAACCCGAGGGGUAAGGUUCCACCGGUUUGCUGUGCCAAAGUUGGUGCUCUCAUUAGAACCAAUCCUCGUUGUCUUUGUGCUGUCAUGCUCUCUCCUUUAGCAAAGAAAGCCGGAAUCAAUCCUGGAAUCGCAAUCGGCGUUCCUAAACGCUGUAACAUCCGAAACCGCCCUGCUGGCAAGCGAUGUGGACGUUACAUUGUUCCAUGAUCUUAUGAGCAUUUGUUUUGGAUUCAAAUGCUGAGAAGUUCUUAAGAUUUAAAUAAAUGUUUUCACUUACCUUUGUAUAAGAGAAAUGUGAACUAUAUAUAUCUUUUAAUAACCUACUUGUUGACUCAUAUGACUAUAUGAGUGAGUAUGCAUAUUAAUAACAAUAUGAGAUGUUUUUCUUAAUAAAAGACAAUGCUUUUCUUAGUAAGAAAAUGAUAA